ACACCCCGGGAGAAAAUUCCUAACUUCGCAAAAUCGCAACACUGUCCCUUUUCUCCCAAAAGACUCGAAAUCCUCCGGUUCCUCUCUGUCGAUCGACCAACCCUAAUAGCCUUUCACUCGGCGGAGAUGGAUUCAGACGUAGCCAUGAUCCCGGCCGGCGAGGGAGGCUCCAGCGCAGCAGCCGGACCUUCUUCUUCUAGCAAGAAGCCGAAGCGCUUCGAGAUCAAGAAGUGGAAUGCCGUCGCUCUCUGGGCUUGGGAUAUCGUGGUGGAUAACUGCGCGAUUUGCAGGAACCAUAUCAUGGAUCUCUGUAUCGAGUGCCAAGCUAAUCAGGCCAGCGCAACCAGUGAGGAGUGUACUGUCGCUUGGGGUAGGCAUUCCUUAUCUACUUAAUCGCCCGAAGAUGUGGUACUUAUUCGUAUUUGAGUUAGACCGAAUGCGAAUUGGUUUGUAAGGGUCGAAUUGUAUACUACAUAGCUUCAUUAACUUGGGAAGACCCUCGUUUUUGGUUAAUUGUCAGAGUUUAGCUGGUUGCCCUCUGAGAAUGUAUAGCGGCAUUGAACUAUAAAGAAUGGUGCGUGUAACUGUAAAUGAUGGUUAGGCUUGUGAAUACUUCGUAUAUUGGCUGGCGGGCCAUUCUUAGUUAUUUAAUCUCUCGCUGCAUCUAGCCGUUCUGAAUGUUUCUGUUAGGAAAGGUGGAGAAUGUUACAUGUAGGGUUGGUAGAUAGAUUCACUGCAUUAUAAUUUUUUUUGGAGAAUGAUCUCAAUUGUUGUGUGACUCUGGAUGUUUUAUGUCUAGUUUUGGAUAUGUUGGAUCAUGAACUUAUGGCCACCUUCAUAUUGAGAGGUAAAAGCGAUCUGUUUUUGCUUGGUUGGAAAGUAUGAGUUAGAUGUGUAGAAAAACUCACCGUUGAGGUCUUCACUGCUGCUGUGAUGAUAUGAUGGGGAUCAUAUUUUUCCUCGAAGAUUUUUCGAUUAUUUUGAGCUUCAAUGCCAAGGCUAGGUAUAGUAAGGUCUAGAUUUGUAUGUUAGUUGAUACUUCACAUGUUUGUUUUGCCUGUUGUUCUGUACUGAAUAAGCUACAUCUCACUGUUAUAGAGUGCUCAUCUGUGUGCUGCCCCCUUACACUGGUGUGGCAACAUGCCAAUUGUUCCUUAUCAAUUUAGCAUUUUCUCAUACCUUGUAGAGGAAUGUUUUGAUCAAAUGAGUUCGCUUCUAAUUUCCCGAUUUGUCCAUUCAUCUAAUUCUGCACCAAAAUAUAUUCAUCUACUUCUGUACCAAUUAUAUUUCAGCUCUACUUAGUUUCACUCUUUGAUCAGUCAAAACCAAUACUGACUCCCCUCUCUCGCUCAGGUGUCUGUAACCAUGCUUUCCACUUCCACUGCAUCAGCCGCUGGUUGAAAACCCGCCAAGUCUGCCCUCUUGAUAACAGUGAAUGGGAAUUCCAGAAGUAUGGGCACUAGUGGACUCAAUAACUUGAACAUUGGAGCCAGGGGGCGCCGAAUUUCAUAAUGUCUCACGAGCCAUUCCAAGGAGUUUGUAAAUGGGCAUUUGCAGUAAGGAAACACUAAACAAACACUUGUUCCUUUUUUUCUAGUUAAGCUGGUCGCUAUUAUAGUAUUUUGGGUGGAUGGCAUUUUAGGUCGAGUGUUACUCUUCUAUCCUGUUGAGCAAGUGAUUAAUUGAGAUGUUGGUACAUGCUCUUAUUCCCUAUUUCGCCCUGUGUAUCAGAACCCUUCUGUUCUGUUAUUUUUUUCUCUAUAUCUGAAUGGGUAGGCGGAUUUCAUGUUCCAA